UUUGAUCAUCUCUGAUAAUUUACGAAGCGUCCGAUUCGCACAUUUUAAAGGGGAUUCUGGAACGCCGAGGUGUCUAAAACGCGUUCCCUCCGCAGGAUGAGGAAGGUGCAGGUGCCGAAGUAGUAGCCUGAUGAUCAGAGCUAUAGAUAGAGCGAAUCUGAAAGAUGCAGAGGGGAGGCAGCAUGGCUCUAUGUCGCCAUAAAAUAAAGGCUUUCUGCUACAUGAUGAUGCUUAACGUCUUCAUCUGUGUCGUGAUAAGCGUGUCAUGGAACCUUGGACACAAGAGAAGUGGCCAUCACAAAGUUCACAUCCCAUCCAAGAGGUUUUGGAGUAAACACAUACUGAAUGAAACCUUCUGGAACAAGGAGCAGCAACGCUUGGAUUUCAUUUACAACCCCAACUUUAACUCUGUAUUCUCCAGCACGUCACGCAACACACUGCCAGAUUGGCUCAAUGACACUGGACCUCUGGACCCGUGUGAACCGGACUACAGAGUGCCCAGGCAAAUCUUUGACUACAACUCCCUACCAAAGCAAUUCCAGGACUUUCUUUUGUACAUGCGUUGUAGGACAUACCCUAUGUUAAUAAAUCAGCCCCAUGUUUGUAGUGAAAAACCUUUCCUACUGCUGGUUGUCAAGUCUUUGAUCUCUCAUUUUGAAAGGCGGCAGACCAUUCGUGAAACUUGGGGACAAGCAGGAGUCUUAGCCAACCAGACUGUGGUAACAGUGUUCCUGCUAGGCAACGUCUUGUCGUCAGACCACUUCCCAGACUUGCAGGAGUUACUGAGUCAUGAGGCAAAGCUUCACAAAGACAUACUUCAAUGGGACUACAGAGACAGCUUCUUAAACCUAACUCUGAAAGAGGUCCUCUUUCUGGAGUGGUUUACCAAACACUGUCCUCAAGCUCGGUUUGUUCUUAAGGGCGAUGACGACGUCUUUGUGAACACCUUAAGAAUUGUUAACUAUCUGGAAGGCCUGCCAGAGGGUGAGUCCAAGGAUUUGUUCAUAGGCGAUGUUAUAAUAAAUGCUGGGCCACACAGAGACAAAAAACUUAAAUACUUUAUCCCAGAGAGUGUGUUUGUGGGUAACUAUCCUCCCUAUGCUGGCGGUGGAGGAUAUCUGUACUCUGGGGAGUUGGCGGUACGCCUACACAAUGUAUCUCAGCAAGUAGUGCUGUUUCCCAUUGAUGAUGUAUACACUGGGAUGUGUCUCAAGAAGCUGGGUCUUGUUCCUGAGAAGCACAAUGGCUUCAAGACAUUUGACAUUGAAAAGAAGUAUAAAGACAAUCCUUGUAUCCACAGGAACUUGAUGCUGGUUCACAGCCGAACUCCACAGGAGAUGUUAACAAUUUGGCCCUUCAUUGUCCAACCCGAGCUGGACUGCCAGUGAAAGCUUUAUUAAUGGCUGUUUGCAAUACUGAGUUUGUCAGUCAUUUUCAAUCCUUCCAUUCUAUAUUUUUCAA